GAUGAUGCGGACGCAGUGUCUGCUAGGGCUGCGCACGUUCGUGGCCUUCGCCGCCAAGCUCUGGAGCUUCUUUAUUUAUCUUUUGCGGAGGCAGAUCCGCACGGUAAUUCAGUAUCAAACUGUUCGCUAUGAUAUUCUUCCCUUAUCUCCUUUGUCCCGGAAUCGACUAGCACAGGUGAAGAGGAAGAUCCUGGUGCUGGAUCUAGAUGAAACCCUUAUUCACUCUCACCAUGAUGGGGUCCUGAGGCCUACAGUGAGGCCUGGAACACCUCCUGAUUUCAUCCUCAAGGUGGUAAUAGACAAACAUCCUGUCCGGUUUUUUGUCCAUAAGAGACCCCAUGUGGAUUUCUUCUUAGAAGUGGUAAGCCAGUGGUAUGAACUUGUGGUGUUUACAGCAAGCAUGGAGAUUUACGGCUCUGCUGUGGCAGACAAACUGGACAACAGCAGAAGCAUCUUGAAGAGGAGAUACUACAGACAGCACUGCACUUUGGAGUUGGGCAGCUACAUCAAAGACCUCUCUGUGGUCCACAGCGACCUUUCAAGCAUUGUGAUCCUGGAUAAUUCCCCCGGGGCUUACAGGAGCCACCCAGACAAUGCCAUCCCCAUCAAAUCCUGGUUCAGUGACCCCAGUGACACAGCCCUUCUCAACCUUCUCCCAAUGCUGGACGCCCUCAGGUUCACUGCUGAUGUCCGUUCUGUGCUGAGCAGAAACCUUCAUCAACACAGGCUCUGGUGACAGCUGCCCCCCCUCCACCUGAGUUGGGUGGGGGGAGGGGAGGGAGAACUCGGAUGCCGCCUGUUGCCCUGUCCAAUGUGAGGACUCCCCCUGCCCUGGGAGCCCUACACUUCCGGAGUCCGGAUGGACACAUGGGCCAGACUUAGGCAGCCUCACUGUUCGUGUUGACACUCCAUACAAGUGCCAGACUGGGACAGGCCAAGGCCUUGGAGAACUCAAACUGUCUGGUGGAGAGGCAGGACUGGCCAGAGUGACAGACAUAUCCCAGAGGCUCAAAAGAAGCCAAGUCAACUUUGUUGUGAUUUGAUUUUUUAAAAACUCUUGUACAAAACUGAUCUAAUUCUUCACUCCUGCUCCAAGGGCUGUGGGUGGGAGACUGGGAUGCUGGGCCACUGGGGCUUCCUCAGACUUGUCCUUCCCUUGAUUUUCCUCAUUUUUCUUUUCCCAAUCCCCUGAUACCUGUAAUCAGCUCCGUUCUCUUCCUCUUUUAAACCGUGCAUUAUAACUUUGAAACCAAA